CAGUCGGUCGGUCCUCCACAGGCUCUUCUCUUCUUCUUCUUCUUCUGCUGUGUAAGUCCAAACAGGAAGUGAUAAUCUUCUUAUUGCGGUUUGGGAGCCACGUGACCAGAUGAUGACGUCACUCUGAGCUCCUCCAAUUAGCAGGCUAGUGACGUGUUUGUCUGUGACGUAACAGAGCUAAGAAGACAGGUAGUGACGUCAGAUCAAACUCAAUGUAAAGUUAGCCACAACACUGGUUAGAGCUUCCGGUACAGCCCUUCACAAUAAGACUCGUUCAGAGUCAGAAUAAUGUCGCGCCAGCGUUUAGGCUUUUAUUUUGAAACUCGUCCCCGGAAGCGCCCGGUGAUGUUUGAAGUCUGUUAUCAGAACAAAUCGUUAGCCGAGUGUCGGUAACGGAACCAGAACCGACACAGGUUCGUUCUGUAAACAAAGCAGGGAUGGACCGACACCGCGAGCAGCCGAAUGUGGAAGAACCGGGUCCGAAGGCGCGAGGAACAGACCUGCAGCUGUCUGUGAGUCAUGACGAAGAGUGGAACCCCUGUCUGGACCAGGAGGAACCACCAGAACCCCAGGAAGAGCCACCAGAAACCCCACAUAUUAAAGAGGAACAGGAGGAGGUGUGGUGUGGUCAGGUGGAGUUCACUCAUGUUCAUGUGAAGAGUGAAGAUAAUGAAUGUUCAGACGUCCAGCAGCUGACAGCAAGUAAAGAAGAGGUUCCCCCUAGUCCAGGCCAGGAGGAGCCAGCAGAACCUCCACACAUUAAAGAGGAGCAGGAGGAGGUGCAGGGAGGCCAGGAGGAGGUGCGGAUCAGUCAAGAGGAGGUGUGGCCUCAGUCAGCAUUGAACUCUCUGAACAUCGUUGAACUUCCUGUCUGCGGCUCGAGGCGUCAGACCAUGAAGAAACCGUUCAGGUGCUCUGAGUGUGGGAAGAUGUUCGGCCGCAGUCCACACCUGAAGAUCCACAUGAGGACUCACACCGGAGAGAGACCGUUCAGCUGCUCGUUCUGCGGGAAGAGCUUCACUCAGAAAGUCAACCUGACGUAUCACAUGUCUGUCCACACCGGGGAGAAACGCUUCAGCUGCCGACUCUGUGGCGAGCGUUUCACCUGGUACACGCAGCUCAAAGGUCAUCGGUGUGUUUGUGAGUCCUCGCAGAGCGACACGAGCAGAGAGGCCGAGGCUGGAGAGAAAACCUUCAGCUGCUCCGAGUGUGGCAAGAUCUUCAGCCGCAAGGACAACCUGAACAUCCACAUGAGGAUCCACACCGGAGAGAGACCGUUCAGCUGCUCCGUGUGCAGGAAGAGCUUCAAACAUGGAGGUCACCUGACGCAGCACCUGUCCGUACACACCAAAGAAAACCGGUUCAGCUGCAGCAUCUGCGACAGGAGGUUCACCUGGCUGUACCAGCUGAAGAGACACAGGUGUGUUGAAGAGUCCUCACAGCUUCAGGACGAGUUCACAGCUACACCCAUCUCCGUGAAGACAACCGAGGAUGAUGACGAGGAGGAGAUGUCUCAGUCCUCACAGCUUCAAACAGAACCGGACCAGAACUCAGAUGCAGGUCCUCAUUUAACACCUGAUACUGAUGACUGGACGAGGAGUCCAAACAACAGCCUUGGUCCCAUCAGGAAGACUUUCAGCUGCUUCGAGUGUGGGAAAAUAUUCGGCCGCAAAGAACACCUGCAGACCCACGAGAGGAUCCACACUGGAGAGAGACCGUUUAGCUGCUCGCAGUGCGGGAAGACGUUCGGCUGCAAGAGGUCGCUGCUCGGUCACAUGACCAGUCACACGGGAGAGAAACCGUUCAGCUGCUCACAGUGCGGGAAAAGAUUCGGCCGGAUGGUCAACCUGAAGACGCACGAGAGACUUCACACGGGCGAACGGCCGUUCAGCUGCCCGUUCUGUGGUAAAGGUUUCACACAGAAGGUCCACAUGACGCAGCACAUGGCCGUCCACACCGGGGAGAAACAGUUCAGCUGCAGCGUUUGCAACAAGAAGUUUACCUGGCUCUCCGGCUUCAGGCGACACAAGUGUGGCAGCGAGCAGGUGGAGCUUGAGGAGAACCUGGAUGUGGAACCGGGCGGGAAACCGUUUUGCUGCCGUCAGUGCGGCAACCGGUUCAAUCACAAACACAACCUGAAGGCUCACCUGAGGAUCCACAGCGGAGAGAAACCCUUCAGCUGCACUGUGUGCAGGAAAGGCUUUGCCGCCAGCGGCGCACUAAAGAAGCACCUGAGGACACACUCAGGGGAGAAACCGUUCACCUGCUCCGUGUGCAGUGUCCGGUUCACGCAGGGCGGGAACUUGAAGCGUCACAUGGCCCAGCACAUGGUGGGAACACGAGAGAAACCUUUCAGCUGCUCCGUCUGCGCCAAGAGCUUCACACAAGUGUCAAACAUGAAGCGUCACAUGAUGCAGCACACCGCCACUGAGACAGGAAGUGAGGCUGCCAUCAGGUCGGAUCAGCAGGAAGUCACUGACUGAAAACCAUCUGACAGCUGAUCUGUAUAAAUCAAUGAUCUAUGAAUAAAAGAGUUUUAUUGUGUCCACACAGUUAUUCUUUAACAGUUCCUCUUUAAGCCCCCAGAACAAAUGACCAUCACAGAACUCCGCUUCCUGUAUACUAUGAGACGUUUAUAGUUUAAUCUGAGUUGUUUGUAGUUUAGUCUGACAUGUUUGUAGUUUAGUCUGACAUGUUUGUGGUUUAAUCUGGCAUGUUUGUAGUUUUUUAAACUGACUUUGACUGCAACACGUUUCCUUCAUAAGAACAAACACCAGUUCAGCUGGACGAGAGACAAACAGUCAGUUUA